AUGGCGGACGCGCUGAUCGGGCCGCUGGUGGGGAGGCUCCAGGAGCUGGCGCUGAGCCAGGCGCGGGCGCUGGUGGCGGUGAACAAGGACAUCCGGAGGCUCCGCGACAAGCUCAUGUUCCUGCAGGCCUUCCUCCGCGAGGCCGACGCCAAGCGCCACCUCUUCUCCGACGAGAUCACCAGGGUGUGGCUGCAGCAGACCCGCGACGCCGUCUUCGACGCCGAGGACGCCGUCGAUCACUACUACCUCCAGGUCGACAUGUCAAGGUAUCCAUGGUGGGCUCGUCCAAGUAUGAGAUAUGUUGCAACCUUUACAACACAAGUAAGAAUGCGACGCAAAUUGUCUGUAAAGGUAAAGGAUAUCAACUCAAGGCUCGAGGACAUCAUUGAAAACAAAGACAGAUACAAAAUGGAGGACAUGCAUAAGAAGUCUGAAUUAACAUGGAAAGCUUCUACAUCAAUAUCUUAUGCCAUGUGCCAAUACACGAAGAAUAGCAAAAGAAACUGGAGAAUGUUCUUCUUACUCCCACUGAACAUGAGAAAUUACAGAGUCAACAUCACCAUCCGGCCGUGA